CAAGGCAGCAAAUGACAGGAAACCACCGUGUUUUAUUUCUUUAAUCCAGUCAAUAGGUUUUUCUAGACCACUCAAAUCUGCAACUGCGGUAUUAUGUUUAAAUGUGUGGAUUGGAUAUUAUAGUCAGGAAAAUAAAGCUGAGGCAUGAGUGGAAAGCGGAGAGGGAUGUGCUGCCGAGAUACUGGUCAGACCCCAAUUAUUGGACGGGUGGAUUGCGUGGCGGUGUAGUUGUGGUGAGAACACUUUCAUUCUACCACACUUGAAAUCCCGCGGAGGCGCGUCCAGAACUGUACGACUUUUCUCCAAAACUUUUUAAGGCCGGAAACGUCGAGUUUAUCGUCAGGAGCAUUCCUCCACCCCCACCCCUCCUCUUUUCGCUCUGCGUAUGUGCAUUACUGAUUCCCGUCUUCGGUUACUAUACAAUCCAAAUGGAAGGGCAGAAAGUGGGAAGUGUCAGGUCGCAGGGAAGAAGAACUGCCAAGAAGUCCACAAAGAGGAAAUAAUUUAUUUCUGGGGGAAAAAAUGAGAGUGUGUCUGAGGAACAGCACUUGAUGAAGUGGCAGGACGACAUGUGUUGGCUGCGUUCUGGGACAGUGGCGGGCUUUCAGAUAGUUGGAUGUGUCGGAGUCCUGAUGAUAUUUUCAGUCCUGUAUUCCUGCUGAUAUGCUUUUGCCCCUCAGUGCUGGUGAUAAUUAUAUCUGGAUGCCUUGCUUACACGUUGAAUCUUGCAAUCUUGUGAACGAUAGCGAUCUUGGCGAAAGUUCUGCACAUCCUCCAGCCAGUAACAUUUACGCACCUUGCAAUAUUAGUGCUAUUAACACGCUUUCCGAUUUUGGUUGGUGAUUGAUUAUUUGUUUGCUUUGCAAUCUUUUUUGUUGUUGCACGCUUUGCUAUCUUGGUAGCUGCUUGUUCGCACUUUCGGUGGUAGUUUCCAUUCUUGCAGUUUGGUGCAUGAGUUUAUCUGUGCUGCUGGUGUUCAAGGUGGAGGGAGGGUGGAGUGGCGCUGCGGGGCUUGCGAUGGCCCAAGAAAGCAUUUGGCGGGGAUGUUGCAAGCUGUCUCGCAAAAGCAAGGUGUCGAAGACAGAAAGCCGGAGUGUCCGCUCCAACCUGUUGCAGGAUAAGCCGGUACGUCGACACGCCGACAACAGGCUGAAGACCACCAAGUACUCGCUGCUCUCCUUCCUCCCCAAGAACCUCUUUGAGCAGUUCCACCGUUUCGCCAACGUCUACUUCGUCUUCAUCGCCCUGCUGAACUUUGUGCCUGUGGUCGGGGCGUUCCAGCCCGAGCUAGCCCUGGCUCCCGUAGUCUUCAUCCUCUCAGUGACCGCAUUCAAAGACCUGUGGGAGGACUACAGGAGGUACAGGUCCGACCAGGAGAUCAACCACAUGGACUGCCUCAUCUACUGCAGGAAUGAGAAAAAGUACGUGGAAAAAUAUUGGAAAGAAGUUCAAGUUGGGGAUUUUGUUCGCCUGCGAUGCAAUGAAAUCAUCCCUGCCGACAUCCUGCUGUUGUAUUCCAGUGAUCCUGACGGUCUCUGCCACAUUGAAACGGCUAAUCUCGAUGGAGAGACCAACCUCAAGCAGCGACAGGUUAUUAAGGGGCUUACAGAGCUGGAGACUGAAUUUGACCCGAUGAAGUUUAACAGUGUUAUAGAAUGUGAGAAGCCAAACAACGAUCUGAACAGAUUUCAAGGUUACAUAGUAUAUAAAAAUGACAAGAAAGCUGGACUUUCUAAAGACAAUCUCUUGCUUCGGGGAUGUACCAUUAGAAACACAGAAGAAGUCGUGGGCAUUGUAAUCUAUGCAGGCCAUGAGACUAAAGCCAUGUUAAACAACAAUGGUCCACGUUACAAGCGCAGCAAACUGGAGAGACAAAUGAAUGUAGACGUCUUCUGGUGUGUUAUCAUCCUUGUCGUCAUGUGCCUUUUCUCAGCCAUUGGUCAUGGUCUCUGGGUAGCUGGGUAUGGUGAUCAGCGGCCAGUAUUUGACGUUCUCAGUGCUGAUGGCACCUCCCUAUCUCCUGCAUUAUCUGGACUAUACUUGUUCUUCACUAUGAUAAUUGUGCUACAGGUGCUGAUUCCUAUUUCACUGUACGUUUCCAUUGAGAUUAUUAAAAUUUGCCAAGUAUUUUUCAUCCAUCAAGACAUUGACCUGUAUGACGAGGAGACAGACUCCCACCUGCAGUGCCGGGCACUGAACAUCACAGAAGAUCUAGGGCAAAUACAGUAUGUAUUCUCUGACAAAACUGGGACACUGACAGAAAAUAAGAUGGUGUUCCGACGAUGUACAGUAGCAGGAGUUGAGUAUUCUCACGAUGCGAAUGCAAAGAGAUUGGCGAUGUACCAAGACCUUGACUCAGAGGACGAAGAAUGUAUAUCCAAAUCGGGAACAAUACCGAGGUGCGACAGCAUUUCCAGUCACCAGAGUGCCAAAGUUACCCACAGAACCCAAAGCACGAAGUCUCAUCGUCGGACUGGCAGCAGGGCAGAGGCUAAGAGGGCCAGUAUCUUGUCCAAGCACACGGCUUUCAGCAGCCCCAUGGAAAAAGACAUCACGCCCGACCCUCAGUUGCUGGAAAAGGUGAAUGAAUGUGCCAGUCGACUGAAAGACUUGAGACAACACGGCCAACCAUUAAGCUACUUAACCCCCGAAUUGUCUGACGUCAUUGACUUUUUUAUAGCACUGACUGUUUGUAACACUGUAAUGGUUUCAUCCCCGAACCAACCGAGACUUAAGGGCCGAGCCCGCUUUGAGAUGAAGUCCCCGGUCAAGUCGUUAGAAGAUUUCAUCAAAAGGUUUACUCCCAGCCGCCUUACCUCGGGCUCCAAUAACAGCAGUUCCUCCAGUCUGUCCACAAGUAAAUCUCUGCACAGAGUCUCUGCCAGCACCUUGACCUCUCCUUCUUCAGACACUGCCUCCAUGAGGAUGGCGGAAGAGCUUGGCAGAUCCCCCCAGCGGGAGAAGAAUGAGAACGGCUUUCAAGCAGAGAGCACGAUCGCUGAGGGAAAGGAUGGAGAGCUGCGCUACGAGGCAGAGAGCCCGGAUGAAGCUGCCCUGGUUUACGCAGCCAAAGCCUACAACUGCGCCCUGGUGGGCCGACUCCCGGAACAGGUGACAGUGGAGUUGCCUCAUGUGGGCAAGUUGGCCUUUGAGCUCUUGCACACGCUGGGCUUCGAUUCCACCCGGAAGCGGAUGUCCGUGGUGGUGAGGCACCCCCUGACUGAUGAGAUUGUUGUUUACACUAAAGGGGCAGAUUCUGUCAUCAUGGACCUUCUCCAGAAGCAACCCACAGAAGAAACCACCACAGGCAAACGCACAAGGAAAAUUCGGAACAAAACCCAGAAUUACCUAAACCAGUAUGCUACAGAUGGACUGCGGACACUUUGCAUUGCCAAACGGGUGUUACAUAAGGAGGAGUAUGCACACUGGCUCGAAAACCGCUUGGAGGCAGAAUCUUCUGUUGAAAAUCGAGAUGAGCUCCUGUACCAGUCAGCAGUCUGUUUGGAGACUGAUCUUCAGCUGUUAGGGGCCACAGGCAUUGAGGACCGCUUGCAGGAGGGCGUUCCGGAAACGAUAGCGAAUCUGCGAAAAGCUGCCUUGCAAAUAUGGGUGCUGACUGGAGACAAACAGGAAACUGCGAUCAAUAUUGCGUACUCUUGCAAACUCCUUGGUCAAGAUGAAGAGCUCCUCACCAUGAAUGCUGAAUCUCAGGAGGGCUGUGCGGCUUUGCUGGAGCAGUGCUUAAACUACGUGGAAUCAAAGAGUCCGCAGAACAAUCGCUCACGUGUUAUUGCAAAUGGUUUGGUUGAGCCUCUGCCUUCAGAUGGAACGUCGUCAAGCUCGGCUGCACUGCGACAUAACUUCAGCAUGGUCAUCGAUGGGAGGACUCUGACCUUCGCAUUGGAGAAAACCCUGGAGGACAGGUUCCUCGCAUUAGCCCAAAGAUGCAACAACGUACUGUGUUGCCGCUCCACUCCUUUGCAGAAAAGUAUGGUCGUCAAACUGGUGCGGGACAAACUAAAAGUAAUGACCUUAGCAAUAGGAGACGGGGCCAAUGAUGUGAGCAUGAUCCAGGUUGCUGAUGUUGGAGUUGGAAUCUCUGGCCAGGAAGGGAUGCAGGCAGCAAUGGCGAGUGACUUUGCAAUCGCACGGUUUCGACAUUUACAAAAGCUCUUGUUGGUCCACGGCCACUGGUGUUACUCCCGCCUCGCCAACAUGGUGCUGUACUUCUUCUACAAAAACGCAAUGUUUGUCGCCCUCCUUUUCUGGUACCAAUUCUUCUGUGGAUUUUCGGGUUCAACAAUGAUCGACCAGUGGUACCUUAUUUUCUUCAACCUUCUGUUUUCGUCCAUUCCUCAACUCAUCACUGGAAUACUUGAUAAGGAUGUUUCCGCAGAAACCUUGGUGGCCCUGCCUCACCUGUAUAAAAGUGGUCAGAAUUCUGAGGAAUACAAGCCAUACAUGUUCUGGAUGAACAUGAUAGAUGCCCUCUACCAAAGUAUCAUCUGCUUCUUCUUUCCAUAUUUGGCUUACCGGGAUUCAGAUGUUGAUGUCUUUACCUGGGGAACACCCAUAACCACCCUGGCUCUAUUCACGAUCUUAAUGCACCUGUGCAUUGAAACUAAAACAUGGACUUGGAUACAUGUCACUUCCAUUGUUUUUAGCAUCGUUCUGUUCUUCACCGUCGCACUGAGCUACAAUGCAGCUUGUCCUAAAUGUUACCCGCCAUCCAAUCCAUACUGGACUAUGCAGACGCUGAUGGUGGAUCCAAAGUUCUACCUGAUCUGUGUUCUUACACCUGUUGCAGCCUUACUACCCAGGUACUUGUACCGAGUCUUUCAAGGCACGUUGUUUCCCACACCAGUCCAACAUGGCCGCCAGCUGGACAGGCUGCACCCUGCUGCUUGGAGCCAUUUCAAUAAAUGGAGUGUCCCAGGCAGUUCCUCAGUUAUGCCGAAACCUGAUAUGGUGAACUCUCCUUCAACACACUCCGGAGUAGAAUUAGUCAGUUCCUCAUCAGGCAAUAACCGAAGUGUUCCUAAGGAUGCAAACCCAACCUCUAAUAGACCAAGAAGUAAGGAACUGGCACCAGAAGUAGAAGAUACCUGUACAGCUGCCGGAGAGUUUGUAGAAAGUGCAAAGCUCUCCAUUCCAAAUGGCAACUCAUCAUCAGUCCAAAAUAGACUGUCACAUGUUCACGAUGCCCAGAAUACUGAGUUGGUUUCAGAGCUGCCUUUUAUAGAAGAUGGUGUACCAUUGAGUCCUUCCAUUGGGAAGGACCAAUUAAAUUUUCAUUUACCAAACUGGAAGACACUUCCACCAUCUACCAAUGAUACAACUCACUCUUUACAUUCCUUGGCACAGACACAGACUUCAGAAGGUGAGAUAUUUGUGCCGGGUUUCAUGGUGCUGGAGGGUGGAAAUCUCUCUAAAGGAAUGUUUCAGAACUCUUCCCGCACCUCACCUAGAAUCAUCCAGACAAAGUCAUCAGAAGAGACUCCUCUGGAAGGGAUUUCUUUAUGACAAAAGCAGGCUGCUUCACGUGCCUUUAUUUUAAAUUUUGCACAGUUUAAAAUUAUAGUAUGAUAAAAUUUUGUAUUUAAUUCUAGAUUAUCUUUUCAUAAAUCUUAAAUAAGAGAAAAAAUGUAUUAUAAUUUGCACAUAUAGAAGAAUAUAAGAUUGUGCAGGAUUUAAUAUAUAGUUAUCUAAUAUAGUGCUGUUUUCAAAAUGAAGCUUGCAUGCUUCUGAAUGUCAUUAAAAGAGUCGAGAACAAGGAAUCAGAACUAGAAAAUGAGGAGCUGGUCACUUAAAACUGAAAUACAUAGAAAUCUCUUCUCUCAGAGAGAGUGAAUCUCUGGAAUUUUCUGCCCCUAAGGUGGUGGAGGCCAGACUAUUUAAAGUGGAGAUAGAUAAAUAUUUGGAAGAUUGACAGGUAUGGGAAACAGGCACAGUAGUGGAGCUGACGUUAGCAUAGAAUCAUAUUGAAUGGCAGGGAAAGGUGUGAGGAGCCAGAUAACCUACUCCUGCUCCUAUUUUCUUGCAUUCUUGUACUCAAACAAUGUCUCCAAACAAUUAUUUUCCCUGUCAUCAUUUCUCCAGCAGGAAACUAUCUGGAAUUGAAUGAACCAAAGGGAGAUGGUCAUAAUUAUAUAGUCAUAGCAGGAGUAUAGUAGUAAAUAUCCAUGGAUCAUAACAUUAGGGAGCUUUUCAUUUGUUCUCUGUAAACAAAACCUAGAUAUUAUGUGUGUAUAUACAUGUAUGGAUAACCUGCCAGAUUGUCCACCUGUUCUUGGAAAAAAUCAAAAGCAACUAAUCUGCAUGUCUGUCUCUUGCACUGAUCACAGGUCUAAAUUUAUCAGUGUGGGUGAACUUUUGUAUUUCCACAUUUAAAUAGAAACUCUCUAUGUAAAUGUUAGAUUGUAAUUGUCAAUCUCCCCUCAGGCAUUUCAGGCAGGGUGUGUAACCACAACAGGACAAGAUUAUGGUGAAAUAGAAUUAAGCCAUUCGGUGCCUCUAUAUUGUUCUAUCAUUCCAUUCCAAAUGACUCUGUUCAGAAUAAUACACACAAAAUGCAGGAGGAACUUAGCAGGUCAGGUGGCAUCUAUAGAAUAAACAAUCAGCGUUUCGGGCUGAGACACUUCAUCAGUCCUCUGGAUUUCCAGCAUCUGCAGAACUCUUUUUAUAAUUUCAGUAUAACUUGGUUUACAGAAAUCUACCUGUCUUAGAUGUAAAGUUUCUUAUAAAACUUUGCUGAAGGGGAUUCCACAAUUUCUGCCUAGAGAUGUGUUUCCCAACAAGGAUGUGAUUCUAAUUUUAAGAUUAAAUUCUAUAGUUCUAUAAUUCUUGAUCACUUCACAUUAUCCUAUAUUGGUUCAUAUUUACAGAGGCUGCAGUUUUGUGGAAUUUUAUAACAGUAGAACAAGGACAAAGAAUACUUUAUAAAUUGAGAGCUACAUCAAGCCUAGAAGUUAUUAUCCACCAUUUGCCAAAUGUGACUUUGACUUUGAUAUCAAAACAAGGUCAACCAUAUUGGAUCCACAAUACUGAAACAAUCCAUUAGGCUUAAAUUGUCCAUUCCACUAUUUAAUUACCAUCCCGGUUUAGCGAACACUAUCCGCACACCCUUUGCUUUCUUCUGGUACGUAUCAGACUUCCCUAUUGCUUGGACCAUAAUUUGGCUAUUAUUACUUCCCACUUAACAUGUGAACACACACUAAAGUAUAUUGAUAGAAUUGAUAACUGUUUAAUGAUACAUGAACAAUAGGAUCAUGAAAACACAGAACAGUACUACACUACACCAGUGAUCCAUAACAUCUGUAUAAAAAUGUCAGACCAUAAUCACUACAUUUAAAACAUAUAUGGUACUCUCCUCUAAUCACCCUGGUUGUGCCUGGGUGGUUUGGGUCGAGGUCCAAGUUGUGAAAUGUUUACGACAUGACUUCAGCAGUUCUUAGGAGAAGGAACAAUAGUGUGUUUUGGCUGGAGAUGGGGAUAUAUUAAAUCUAAGCAUUAAUCUUUACUGGCUGGAAUUCAAGUGUCUAUUGCCACCAAAGCCCAAGGGUGCAUUGGAAUGUAUUUCUCUCCACUCAAAAAUGAGUUUGUCUCCAAAUGUAAAGCAACUUCAUAAAUAACCAAUCAGAGAAGGUUAAUGACAUUGGUCUUUGAUAAGGUUGCUUCAUGUUGUGAGUCACUGCUUGUUUUAGAGUAGGGCAAAACUGUUUCAAUGCACAAUUAGGCUAUUAUUGCUGGACAACUAACACAUGAAGACACACUACAGUGUAUUGAUUCAAUUGGUAACUACUUAAUGAUAUAUAAGCAAUUGGGUCACGAGAACGUAACAGUAGAACAGUACUGAACAGCACCUAUGAUCCAUACUGUCUCCACCAAAAUGAUUGGUGUUAACGAGGUAAAAACACAAAACACUGGAAGCACUCAAGACACCAGAUAGCAUCUUUGGAAAGAGGAAGAAAAGUUAUGCUUCAUGUUGAAGAUGCUCUGUCCAAACUCAAAUGUUAGUUCCAUUUCUCACUCCACAAAUAUUAAUUGACCUGCUAACUGCUUCCAGUCUUUUCUGCUUUUGGUUCAUAUUUACAGAGGCUGCAGUUUUUAUGGUGUCAUUGAGAUACUGAUCUCCUCAUGUGCCUUUUAUUUCUAGAAUUUUGAAAUGACAAACAAAAUGCUGGAGCAGCUCAGUGGGUCAGGCAGCAUCUGUGGAGGGAUACUCACAACACGCUGGAGGA